GUAAUGACUAGGGAGAGGCAGUGUGCUAUAAAUUAAAGACCUCAGCCACUCACUUUACAUAGCUUACCACUUCGUUGUCAGCCACUUCUGACUCUUCAAGAGCCAGGCACAGGGGCAGGGAGCGGGCAGCAGUUCUGAGAAGGUAAAAAAUCUCCGUGUUCUGGAUAAAGGAAGAAAAGUGCAAGCAGAGCAGAAGGCAGCCUACUUUUGACGUUACUUGGAAACCAUCAUGGACUCUCUAGCCAUAACAACACCACAGUUUAUGCUUUGUCUUUUCAAAGAGCUGGAUAAAACAAACAAUGGCAACAUCUUCUUUUCCCCUCUGGGCAUCUCAACUGCCAUUGGCAUGAUCCUUCUAGGGACCCGAGGAGCCACGUCCUCUGAGUUACAGAAGGCACUUUAUUCUGAAAAAGGCACGGAAUGCUCCAGAAUAAAGUCUGAAGAAAAAGAGACUGAGAAGACAGAAGAAAUACAUCAUCAAUUCCAAAAACUCUUGACUGAAAUAAGCAAAUUCCAGGAUGGUUAUGAACUGAGUAUAAACAACAGGCUGUUUGGAGAAAAAACAUACCUUUUCCUUCAAAAAUACAUAGAUUAUGUUGAAAAAUAUUAUCAUGCAUCUCUGGAGCCUGUUGACUUUAUAAAUGCUGCAGAUGAAAGUCGAAAGAAGAUUAAUUCCUGGGUUGAAAGACAAACACAUGAAAGAGUCAAGAACCUGUUUCCAGAAGGCUCUAUUAGCAGCUCCACUAAGCUGGUGCUCAUAAAUACAGUUUAUUUUAAAGGCCUGUGGGACAAGGCAUUUAAGAAAGAAAAUACCCAGGAGGAGGACUUUUGGCUGAAUAAGAACACAAGUAAACCUGUGCAGAUGAUGGCCCAGCGCAGCAAGUUCAGCUUCACCCUCUUAGAGGACCUGCAGGCCAAGAUUGUGGGGAUUCCAUAUAAAAACAAUGAUCUCAGCAUGUUUGUGCUUCUGCCCAAUGACAUAGAUGGUCUGGAAAAGAUAAUCGAUGAACUCUCUCCUGAGAAGCUGGUCGAGUGGACCAACCCCGGACACCUGGAGCGAAGGAGGGUGGACCUGCGCCUGCCCCGCUUCCAAGUGGAGGAGAGCUAUGACCUGGAGCACACCCUGGGGUCUAUGGGCCUGAGCAGGGCCUUCAGCGAGCGCGCAGAUUUCUCGGGAAUGGCUGCCCGCUCUGGGCUGCACGCCCAGAACUUCCUGCACAGAUCCUUCGUGGUGGUGACGGAGGAAGGCGUAGAGGCCACGGCAGGAACCGGUGUGAGCUUGAAGGUCUCAUCAGCUGCAGCCUGUGAACUUGUGCACUGUAACCAUCCGUUCUUGUUCUUCAUCAGGCAUAGCGAGUCCGACAAAAUCCUUUUUUUCGGCCGGUUUUCUUCUCCCUGAGAUGGUCAAGCUGGAAUAUGGCUACACUUAGAGCAUCAGCUUGUGAUUCAAAUAGCACGGGAUUCAUAUACGCACUUUAAAAUUCAUUGCUUGCAUUCAGUGGUAAAUCAAGGCCCAACAGUAGCAACAACACAUUUUCAUAAUUUGGUUGAAAGUGAGCCCUGAUGGUGUGUGAGCCACGCAGGAGGCCAGUCAGCUUAAGCUCAGCUCUCACCUUGGUUUCCUUGGAAAGCCCAUCUGUACUA